GUCAGUAGCAAGCACUGGACUCGUGUUAAGUUCACCUUCUUCUAUUUUCUGUCUGUCAGUAGGGUUGCAGCUGAGAAAAGCCACCCCAAGUUCCGCCUCGCUCCGUCGCCGCCCUAAUUCCCGUCCAUCCCUCUCUUUCGAACCAAUCAUCUGUCUCUCUCCCUAUCUAUUUGUCGACCGUCUCCUGUGCAGUAUCUACGAUGGGCGCAUCGCUUCCUCCGAAAGAGGCCAACCUUUUUAAACUUAUUGUUAAAUCAUAUGAGACAAAACAGUAUAAAAAGGGAUUGAAAGCUGCUGAUACUAUAUUGAAGAAGUUUCCUGAUCAUGGAGAAACUCUAUCAAUGAAGGGAUUAACGUUGAACUGCAUGGACAGGAAGUCCGAAGCAUAUGAACUAGUUAGGCUUGGUUUGAAGAAUGAUCUUAAGAGUCAUGUUUGCUGGCAUGUCUAUGGUCUUCUGUACCGAUCUGAUAGAGAAUAUAGGGAAGCAAUUAAGUGCUACCGGAAUGCACUUAGAAUCGAUCCUGACAACAUUGAAAUACUGCGUGACCUGUCUCUUCUACAGGCACAAAUGCGUGACUUGGCUGGUUUUGUUGAGACAAGACAACAGUUGCUCACUCUGAAACCAAAUCAUCGCAUGAAUUGGAUUGGUUUUGCUGUUUCCCAUCAUUUGAACUCCAAUGGAGUGAAGGCGAUUGAUAUUCUUGAAGCAUAUGAAGGGACUCUGGAGGAUGACUAUCCUCCUUUCAAUGAACGUUGUGAGCAUGGGGAAAUGCUCUUGUACAAGAUAGCUUUGCUAGAAGAAUGUGGCUUUCUUGAGCGGGCUCUUGAGGAGUUGCACAAGAAGGAAUCCAAAAUUAUUGAUAAAUUAUCAUACAAGGAACAAGAGGCUUCUCUUCUUGUUAAGCUGGGCCAUGCUGAAGAGGGUGAAAAAUUGUACAAAGUGCUACUUUCUAUGAAUCCUGACAAUUACAGGUACUAUGAAGGCCUACAAAGAUGUAUGGGACUUCAUUCAGAAAAUUUUCAGUAUUCCUCCGAUCAAAUUGAUCAGUUAGAGGCCUUGUAUGAAUCUCUUAGCAAGCUAUAUAGUAGGUCAUCUGCUGUCAAGAGAAUUCCACUCGAUUUUUUAAGCGGUGAAAAGUUCCAGGCUGCAGCAGAGAACUAUAUUCGACCUCUUCUUACAAAAGGCAUUCCUUCUCUGUUUUCUGAUCUCUCUCCUCUCUAUGAUCAUCCUGGCAAGGCAGACAUUUUGGAGAAGUUAAUUCUUGAGGUAGAGAACGCCAUUAAGACAACAGGUGGAUAUCCUGAGAGGGUGGACAAGGAGCCCCCCUCAACACUUAUGUGGACUUUGUUUUAUUUGGCCCAGCAUUAUGACAGGUGUGGCCAGUAUGAAAUUGCUAUCACAAAAAUUGAUGAGGCCAUAGAACACACUCCAACUGUCAUUGAUUUGUACUCUGUGAAGAGCCGGAUAUUAAAGCAUGCUGGUGAUGUGUCAGCUGCUGCUGCUUUGGCUGAUGAAGCUAGGUGCAUGGAUCUUGCAGACCGCUACAUCAAUAGUGAUUGUGUUAAACGUAUGCUGCAAGCUGACCAGGUUGCAUUGGCAGAAAAGACGGCUGUUUUAUUCAUGAAAGAUGGAGAGCAACAUAAUAACCUUCACGAUAUGCAGUGCAUGUGGUAUGAACUAGCAUCAGGAGAAAGUUAUUUCCGCCAAGGGGACCUUGGUAGGGCUUUGAAGAAAUUCUUAGCUGUGGAAAAACAUUAUGCUGAUAUUACUGAGGACCAAUUUGACUUCCAUUCCUAUUGCUUAAGGAAAAUGACUCUCCGCACCUAUGUAGAAAUGCUGAAAUUUCAGGAUUGUCUGCAUUCAUAUUCCUAUUUCAAGAAAGCAGCUGCUGGAGCAAUCAAAUGCUACUUGAAGCUGUAUGAUUCUCCUCCAAAGUCGGAUACGGAAGAAGAAGAUGAAAUGUCAAAGUUGCCACCUUCUCAAAAGAAGAAACUGAGGCAAAAACAAAGGAAAGCAGAGGCCCGGGCCAAGAAAGAGGCUGAAGUGAAAGAAGAAACAAAUGUUACUGCAGUAUCAAAAUCUGGAAAACGCCCUGUGAAACCAGUAGAUCCAGACCCAAGCGGUGAAAAGUUAUUAAUGGUUGAAGAUCCUUUGAUGGAAGCUACGAAGUAUUUGAAGCUGCUUCAAAAACAUUCAUCUGAGUCCAUUGAAACACAUUUACUUUCCUUUGAAGUAAAUAUGAGAAAGCAGAAAACUUUACUUGCUUUGCAGGCUUUAAAGCAUCUGUUGCGGUUGGAUGCCGAAUACCCAGAUUCGUAUCGCUGUUUGAUAAAGUUUUUCUCUAAAGUGGGAUCCAUGCCUGCUCCAGUGAGUGAUACUGAGAAGCUCAUAUGGGGCGUCUUGGAAGCAGAACGACCUACAAUUAGUCAGUUGCAUGGUAAAUCUCUCAUUGAUGCAAACACCUUUUUCCUUGAGAAACACGGAGCAGAUUCGUUGAUGCACAGAGCAGCUGUAGCAGAAAUGCUAUAUGUUCUGAAACCAAAUAAGAAGGGUGAGGCAAUUACCCUGAUUGAAGGAUCAACCAACAAUCUGGUUUCAAUAAAUGGAGCUAUGGGAGCAGUCAGAAAGUGGAGGCUCAAAGACUGUAUUGCUGUCCACAAGCUGUUAGACAGAAUUAUAAAUGACCAAGAUGCUGCAUCGAGAUGGAAGGUGCAGUGUGCUGAGUACUUCCCAUAUUCAACAUACUUUGAGGGCAGCCGCAGCUCUGCUGUCACAAGCUCGACUUUUAACCAAGUUCCAAAAUUACCCAAAAUUGGUGUUGGAUCAGACAUCGCCACCUCUGAUCAAAAUUCUACGUCUCUUUCAUCAAAUGGAAAAGUCGAGGAACUCAUGGCAUUCAAGGAUCUUCUUGUCCAAUAGUGUACAUGAAUAUCCUGGUUAGGUAACAGGUCCAGAUGAUUCGAGUAACAAAUCCUUAAUGCUGCUUAGAAUGUUUAAUUGACAGAAAGGGGAAAUUGUCCUUGAAGAUGAGUUAAGAUAUAAUUAGAAAUGCAGGCAGAUCCCUGUGGGAGGCGGCGAACAAUUUUCUCUUUCCCCCAGUUCUUGGGCAUUCCAUUGCGAAUGUGUGAUUUUCACCGUGUGUUUUUUGGCCGUCACAUCCUGUAACUUUUAAGGUUCCUGCCGAGAUACUGAAAAGAGGUUCUUUGGGCUUUGCAUUGCACUGUUCUGAACAGCAUGAUCAAUGGAAGCUUGAGCGAACUGGUUCUACAACCAUUCCCAGGAGAAUGUUGUAUCUCUUAUUUCAUUAUCUAUUAUUUCGUGAGGUAUAAAUGCUAUUUUGCCGGAGAAAAUUUUGUCCAGAUUUAUACAAAUAAAUAUGUGGAAGAAAUAUUUCCUGGUAUUUUGCUACUA